UAAAGUAGAACGUCAGUCAGUCGCCUAUCGACCUUCGGGCAGUGAACAUGGCACAAGAUUUCAAGUUAUACGAAAAUAUAUUUAUAGAAACAAACCUACAGUCGCCCGAUUACGAUGGGGUCAUAUUAAUUUUGUAUCCGCAAGAGAUGAACAUCCGUCUGCCGAGGCAUAUCAGCAGUUUUAUUGACAAAAUCUCCUUGCUGGAUAAACAUAUACAUAAAAUACCAACCGUUUGGAAUUGUGAUUAUGUUUCGGGCGGGAGAUUGGUGCUUUCACCGACGGGAAAGAUUACGCCAUACCACGACGUGACUGUUGUUAAGGACGCGGCGAGGAAUGGUAUGUUACGCGCAUUGGACGCCGGCAUGAAAAAACCGCUUUUAAUCGUCGAAAAUAUUGUCGACUUCCCCGACGGACAAUUAGUCUGUAUACUGGGCGGUCUCGAAGCUUUCUACGUGGCGCUGCAGAUAAGAGAAAGAGAUGAUACGAGGAAUUUUAUUAGAAUUGGACUGCACGCGGAAGAGAAGCAGAAGGAGGCCUUCGAAAGGAUUGUCAGAAACGCAAUCGCUUUGGAAAGAUCGAGAAUUUUCGCGAGGGAUAUAGCUGGUGGUGACCCCGAGAGAAUGGCGCCUGCUAAAAUAGUUGAGUACGUCAAAAACUCGUUCAACGGCGACAGCAAUAUAAGCAUCAACGUGAUCGAUGACGAGGAGUUUAUAUCUGAAAAUUACCCGCUGCUAGCUGCUGUAUCUAGAGCAUCCAAUAGAGUGGAUAGGCACAAGGCCAGGGUUGUUGAAAUCGAGUACAACAGUUCCAACCCCACCCGCGUCACGGAAACUCUUCUUCUGGUCGGCAAAGGUGUUACUUACGAUACUGGUGGUGCUGAUAUCAAGAUUACAGGUAAAAUGGCUGGUAUGUCGCGCGACAAAUGCGGUGCAGCAGCAGUGGCGGGCUUCCUGAAAGCCUGCGCGAUAUUGAAGCCGCCGCAUUUGAAAGUUAUCGGAGUGCUUUGUCUUACGAGGAAUUCCAUAGGGGAGGAUUCGUAUGUCGCUGAUGAAUUACUGCUGUCCAGAAGUGGGAAGCUCGUCAGAGUCACUAACACUGAUGCGGAAGGUCGCUUCGCUAUGGCGGAUUCAGUUUUCAAGCUGUCUGAGUUCGCUGGGAAGGAAUUGAACCCGCAUAUAUACACGAUAGCCACUCUAACUGGACACGCUCGAGCAUGCUAUGGGAAUUAUACAGCCACGAUGGAUAAUCACAGCGCGAAAGCCACGAACCAUUCUGGAAGGCUUCAGUUCAGUGGUAACAGAAUCGGGGAAGGUUUCGAAGUGUCCACGGUUAGAGCUGAAGACCUAGCUGUCAAUAUUGGCAAAUGCAAGGGCGAUGAUUUGGUACAAAUCUGUCCUGAAGCCAAAUUCCGUAACCAUCAAUUGGCAGCUGGCUUUUUGAUCAAAGUGGGAGGUUUGGAGGAUAAGAAUAUAAAGUAUACGCACCUGGAUAUCGCUGGUUCGGCUGGCAUGCCUCCGGAAGAGCCGACAGCAGUGCCAAUUCUUUCAUUGUGUCAUUUGCAUAAAGUUUUGUUGUGAGUACGAAGUUUUUGUGUGUUGCUGUUUCAAUAAUAUUUGUAAUAUGUGAGUAAUAAAGG